GUAAAAUUAUAUUAUCAAUGAUGCAACGUACGUUGAGCGAUUAUUCUUUUCUACGAAUGGAUUUUCUCUGUCGGAGAUUACGUUAUUGCACUUCAACUGCAACUGCAGAAUUAUGCAAUAAUAAAAGAUUAACAGAUUUUCCCGCAACGUUUAAACCAAAAGAUGUGGAGCAAGGCUGGUACGAUAUCUGGCAGCACAACAAUUAUUUUGCUGCUUCCAGCACAGCAAGAACAACAAAAGACAAACAUAAGGAAAAAGAGAAUAAAAAACCCUUUAGUAUGGUCUUACCACCGCCCAAUAUAACAGGAGUGUUGCAUCUAGGUCAUGCACUCACUGUUACAAUCCAGGAUGUCCUUGCGAGAUGGCACAGAAUGAAAGGGCAGCCAGUGUUAUGGAUACCAGGUCUGGAUCACGCAGGAAUCGCGACGCAAGCAGUAGUGGAACGUAUGUUACAGCGCACGCGAAAUAUUACGCGGAACGAUAUGAAUCGCGCCGAGUUCGAGCGAUUAGUCUGGCAAUGGAAGACGGAGAAGGCCACGAUUAUCAAUCAGCAGCUGAAAGCCCUUGGUGCCACACUUGAUUGGAACAGAGAAUAUUUUACCAUUGAUAAAAACCAUAGCGCAGCAGUGAUAGAAACGUUUGUACAGCUAAACGAAAGAAACCUAUUGUACAGAGGUAGGGAUCUCGUUAAUUGGUCUCCGGCGCUACGCAGUACAAUCUCAGAGAUCGAAGUCGAGGAUUUUGUAAUAGACGGCAAGACGCGACUCUGGUUACCUGGUCACGAUAAUAAAAUUACCGUCGGCCAAUUAAUCAAGUUGGCAUAUCCGAUCAAAGAUUUGAAGGAAGAACUAAUAGUUGCAACGACUAGACUGGAGACAAUUUUUGGAGAUGUGGCUAUCGCUGUACAUCCAGACGACGAGAGAUAUUCGAGAUACAUUGGACGACAAGUUUUACACCCUAUAAAAAAAAUGUUCAUACCUGUCAUCGCUGAUUUCUCAGUCAAGAGAGAUUUUGGCACUGGUGCGAUAAAAAUCACACCGGCACACGAUCGUUUGGAUUAUAGCAUUGCCAAAAGACACGACCUUCCAAUUAUUAGCGUUAUUGACGAGGCUGGUAAUAUGACGGAAGUAUGCAAAGAAUACAAGGGACUGUCAAGGUUUGUCACACGGGAGAGACUCAUCAAUGAGUUAUCGGCGCGAGGUAUCGUGAAGAGCGUGGAAGAUAAUCACCGAAUGAUAUUGCCACGAUGUUCACGUUCGCAUGAUGUGAUUGAGUAUCUGCCUAAGGAGCAGUGGUUUGUGCGAUGUACAACAAUGGCUAGACAAGCGCGCGAGGCCGUAACGAAUGGUGAAUUAAGGAUCGAUUGGAGCGACAGUGACCACGAACAAUUGUGGUAUGACUGGCUUGAAAACGCCAGGGAUUGGUGUGUGUCGAGACAAUUGUGGUGGGGUCAUCGCAUUCCGGCGUAUUCUGUAAAUCAUGGUGAUAAUAAUAAUAAUAAUAAUGGUAGUGACAAUGAUGUCUUCUCCACUAAUAAUAUUAGCAACACUUCGUGGAUAAUCGCGCGAUCCGAAGAAGAGGCAUAUUCACGAGCACUGGAAAAAUAUGGGGAUACAGUGACCAUAUGUCAAGAUCCUGAUGUUCUUGACACAUGGUUUUCUUCGGCAAUUAUACCAUUUGUCACACUCGGUUGGCCGAAACAUACGAAGGACAUGGCAAAAUACUAUCCAUUAACACUGAUGGAAACUGGUCAUGACAUCUUUCUUUUCUGGGUGGCAAGAAUGGUGAUGCUAAGUCUAGAAAUGACACAAAAUUUACCAUUUAGGGAGGUUCUGCUUCAUGGUGUCCUGUGCGACGCUAAUGGCAAGAAAAUGUCCAAGAGUUUUGGCAAUGUCAUUUUACCAGAAAAUAUUAUAAAUGGCUGUAGCUUUGAAGAAUUGAAUGCACAAGCAAGACAAAAUCACGCAGCGGGCAUUCUCAGCGCUGACGAAUUGCAACGAACACUGCGUGUCAACGCGAAAUCAUACUCUGCAGGAAUACCAGACUGUGGUGCAGAUGCUUUGAGGCUAUCGUUGUGUGCACGUAAUAUUAAGAAUCGUACCAUCAGUUUCGACAUAGAUGAUUGUCGCACAAGCAAAUAUUUUUGUAACAAAAUCUGGCAGGCGAGUAAAUAUAUUUUACUGAUGGCAAAGAAUAAUGAAGAAAACAAAGAAAAUCAACAACAUGGAGACAAAGGAGAAAAAUAUCUAAGUAGUCUUGAUCAAUGGAUCCUGAGCCGAUUGUCAUGGAUGGUGGAGACAGUGAACAGUGCGUUUGCCGAGCGAAAUUUUCAUAAAGCGAUUGCCGCAAUUCGUCAAUUUCUGCACUACGAGUUCUGCGAUCUUUAUGUGGAAGGCACAAAAUUCGGAUUUAAAAGCGGCAAUGCAGCUGGACAUUUCGAUACUCUCGCAAAAUGCUUGGAAGUAUCGUUGCGUCUUCUCGCACCCAUUACGCCUUAUUUAUCGGACGAUCUAUAUAUAAGACUUGUUAAGAAAAAUUUGCCGGGAUUUCAGUCAGUUUCCUCGUUAUUGGAGACGUCUUAUCCGAUGCCGUAUGAGUUCGAGCAUUUAAGAGACAUUGUGUUGGAGGAAAAGGUGUGCAAGCUUGUAAAUGUGAUAGAUGUGAUCAGAAGCUGUAUGGCGAAUGUGAGUAAGAAGUCAAAUCCCGAAGUUAAUAUCCUGGUUAGUAACACGCAUGAUUAUGAUUUUUAUCAGGAAAAUAUAAACCUUAUUAAAGGAGUGAGCAGAAUCUGGAAUGUACUUAUUCAGUUGGCAGAAUCAGUUAAUGAUGGUGGUGAUUUUCAUAAUGAGAUGUUGAGAGGCAACAACGAUAAUGGCAUUUACAAUGCUCAAUACAUACACACAAACGAUUGCUCAUUACUCAUAGAAGUUACGGAUGCAUCAAUGUUGGAGCAGAUUAAAAAGAAUAUUGCAAGAAAGGAGAAAUUGGAAAAGAGAAAUCAAGAAAAAGAAAAUCUUUGUUAGAAUAUAUGAUAUCUCUGCAGCUAUAAUUUUUCUUCUUCACACACUUAACAAGCAAAUUAUAAUAUGUUUUCUGAAAUUUCUUAUAAAUAAAAGUUGAUUGCAAGUUGAUUGUAUACAUGUAGUUAAAUACAGAGUAAUGAUUUUACACAAAUAA